UUUUUAAAAUGUUUAUGACCCAAAUAAAUCAAAAUAGUUGUUUUAAAUACUUCAGUAUCUGUCCAUCUCUUGAAGAAGUUAAUGCCAUGUCCAUUACUCAUGCCUUGAUGAUCUACCCUGGUGAUGUGGACCAGGCAUGAGUAGCCGAGCACAGACACCAACCCCCCCUCUAUGUGUGUAUAUAUUUUUUUUUAAUACUUUGUGAGGAAAAAAAAAAAAAAAAACUGUCAACCAUAUCCAAAGUGCAAAGGACCAAAGAGAAGUAGAAAAAAUAAUGUAUGCUUUUGUUAGAUUCUUUGAAGACGACAUGUGCUACGCGUUGCCCGUUUCCAAUGUGGAAGAUCUCAGACCUCUGCACAAAACAGAUUUUGAUAAUCAGAAGGUGUAUCUGGUUCACAGAACUGAAGAGGAGAAUGGCAGCGCAGGCCAGCCGAGCGAAGCACAGAUCCUUGCCCUUGCAGAUACAGUAGAGGAAUUUGAAGACAGUAUAAUGCAAAAGAAGAUGAAAAUUCCCAAGAUGUCCAUCAAGAAUUCAGGAAACUCUAUUGAGAACAAUAUUGGAGAGGAGAGAAUGCCACUCAGACAUAAAAAGGCCCUGUCUCAGGAUCACGGGCGCCCCCUUUCCAACUCCUCCAAGAGCCUGGCAGCAGUAGUGGCUCGCCUGGAGAGAAACGCAGCGAGCUCCUGCAUGGAGGGCGAAGAGGAUCUGGACGAGGACCGGCUGGCCGAGGAGGGAGAGGAUGCGGACGACGAAGACGAAGAUAUGGAGGCAGAGCAUCAGCAACAUCAUCACCAGCAGCAACAACAACAUUUGGAGGUGGACACGGAUUGUGUGUCUGGGGUAGCUGCAGCAGUGGUUCCUAGAGUCCUGUACGAGGAGUUGGUUCACAGCUACAGGCAACAGGAGGAGGAGAUGAGGAGGCUGCAGCAGGAGCUGGAAAGAACCCGCAGGCAGCUGGUGCAGCAGGCCAAGAAGCUGAAGGAAUAUGGCAGCUUGUUGACAGAAGUCAAAGAACUGAGGGACUUCAACAGGAGGCUGCAAGACGUACUUCUCAUGAGACUGGGCAGCGAGCCUAUGCAUGACAAUGGCACUCAGACAAUCAAGGCUGAAGUGGUUGAACCCAUUGUUGAGGUCCAGGAGACAUGCAGAGAAGAAGCCAACACCAGUUCCAGCUACUCACCCUCACCCAGAACAGUAUACACCUGUAACGAUGGGAAGGUACACCUCGGUGGAGGGAUCUGGGUGGAGGAAGAGAAGUGGCACCAGCUGCAGCGGACGCAGGGGGACUCCAAGUUCACAAAGAACCUGGCUGUAAUGAUCUGGGGCACAGAAACCCUCAAGAACCGUAGUGUCACUGGAGUGGCCACCAAAAAGAAGAAAGACGCCCUGCCUAAACCUCCACUGUCGCCCAGCAAACUGAAAAUCGUAAGAGAGUGUCUCUACGACAGAGUGUCUCAAGAGACAGCCGACAGUGCAGAGAUUACGCAGAGAUUGUCCAAAGUGAACAAAUACAUUUGUGAAAAGAUAAUGGACAUCAACAAGUCCAUCAAGAACGAGGAGCGGCGGGAAUCCAAGCUGCUCAUCAGACAGACAGUCAAGAUGGAGAACUUCACCUACGAUGGCAUGUAGUGAUCAACUGUUGUCACGCCAGCGCCUUCUGCCCCCCCCCAACGUGGUCCGGAUAUCGAGGGGGACCUGAUAUGGGUGGUUGGGGGAUGUUUGUCACAGUUUCAGGAGCAGUUUUUUCUUUGACACAUCGGAUUGGUUAUUAUGUGAAACGUUAAAACGAAAAGAGCCCUUCCCAGCUCCCUGCAGAGCAACCGUCACCUCCCUCAGUGUCCAGUUCUCCCAUUGGCUGACAGACAGCUUUACCCACCAGUGUGAACUAGUUUGAUAUGAGCUGGUAUGAGUGUUUUUAUAAGCUUUACAGUGGGAUUGGUACAGAGAUGUGGUUUAUUGACGUGUGUGCAUUUGUGUCAAAGGAGAGAUUAGAUGUAAUUGUUAAAAUUGAUUUAUUGUUCUGUGUCAGAACAUAGUUUUGAGUCCUUAAACUUUUAAAAAGUAAGGUUAUUUCCCUAGAUAAAGUCUUCUGAUGCUAUAAAGAUGAUGAUGCUAGCCUGCGUUAGAUCUUAGACGUGUGGAUAUUUUUGGUGACUAACUGCUGGGAGUGUUUGCUGUUGGUACUUACUGCAUAAAAAUGGGACAGCAUGGGUCUCAAAUGCACAAGUCUUAAUUGGUAACAGCCAUAUUGCAUUUUGCAACAGAGAUUCUGUUCCUCCAAGAGAUUAAUUAGAAGUGUGUGCACCACCUUGACUGUAGGUCAAUCACAACACUUUGCUUUAUUAAAAAGACGGCUUACAGGGGUUAAAUGGGAAGUGUGACUCUAAUGUGGAGUCUAUAGAGAGCUAUAUUUGUUUUGUUUUUUAUGUUGACCUUUCAGUUAUGAGCAUUUGCCAUCAAUGUUAAGAGGUUUGGAUGGGAUAUUUCUGUGUUACUCUUAAUCAAACAUGUCACUUUCAGACAAUUUGACUGUUUAAUGAGUUGUAGUGGUACAGGCACUUUGAUGCCUAGAAAGGCCUUAAAUGGAUUUGGCAAUCACCGGGGGCCAGUGUGCCCCUGGGUUUUCUAGUAAGCUGUGAUUGUAAAUGUAUCGUAAGCUGAAGCGAUGAAGCUUCACCUGCACUUUGCUGUGAGAAUGUGAGAGGUGGCUAGGUACUAUUUUCUGUGCGAUUCACACCAUUAAGUUGAGCUGAGCCAGGCUACUUGCUACCCCCCCCCCUCCCCUUCCCUCCCUCUCUUCCUCCUCUUGUAGUUAAAAGAUGCUGCGCUGCACGGGACAACGUGGGGAAGAGAAUCAGGGCACGGUUCAGGUCAUCUUCAUGUGGAAGCAGUGUUAGCUGUGGGUAAAGCUGUCUGAAACACGAUUGUGCUGUUUGAAGUCGUCUGGGCCUGCUGAACCCCAUAAUAACCCCCUCUUUUUUUUUUUUUUAAGCCACGCCACUGGGGAACAAAGUAAGGUCGCUCCAGUGACAAUUUCCUCUGAGCUAUGCCAUCAGAACUUUGAAAAUGUCCUCUUUUUCUUGUGUUUGUUUUAUGUUUUUUAUUUUUUUCUCUCCAGUUGUUUUGAUCCAAAAUGGUUUGUGUGGCUGUCUGCAGGCUGGAACUAAACGCUGCAGAUUGAAAUCUCAACUGUGACCUAGCUGUGGCUAACUGUGAAUCUGCUGCAGAGCUGCCCAUCAAGCCUCGCUCCUCUUCAUACUCUAGAUUUCUUGUUUGUCGGUUGGUUUAUUUCUGUCUAUCAUUUUGUCUGUCUCGGUUUUUUUUGUUAUUUCAAAAGUUCAGAUCAGCCUUUUGUUAAGCUACCUUAUGUUUUUGGAGAUAUUUUAGUGUACAUAAAACAUAUUUUUUUUAAUUUUGUUUUCCACCAAACAUGGACAUUUCAGUUUCUAGUCAUGUUACAGUUCUAAAGGUUCUGGUCAAGUUUUGGUUUAUCUAAUUGAUGUUGUGAUUCCAUGUUACCUGACCAUUUCUUGUGUUUCUUUUCUUAUAUAUUUUGUUUUUUUGUUUUUUUUUAAUGAAUUGUUGGCUUUAAGCUUGAUGUUGUAUCCAAAUGUAGAUCAGUUGGAAUCUACAAACAAAUGAAAAAAAGAUCUCCCUUUCUUAGCCAAAGUGAUCUCUGUGGAACAAGAGAGACAAGGCUUCGCUUAAUAACAGAGCCCAUACAUUAAGCUACAUUCACAACAUUCGAUAUUUAAUAAGCCUCACUUAGAUAUCUACCUUCUAACCAUCUACCACAGUUAAGAUGACAAUUUGUAUCCAUUGUACUCAAUUGAGAUGCAGUAGUUAGAUCAACACAAACCAUUUACAUUGAACGCACUUUAAACUUCUGGGCAAUUUCUUCAAUCUUAAAGAAAUGUAUUUGUGGUAUUUGUCCUUUUGUUAAAAAUGGCUAUAUAGAUAAAGCCUAACAAUCAUUGUAUUAUCAUGAAGCACCUUAGAACAUUUUGGUUUGUUGUUUUCUAUGGCAAGAAUGAGUUAUAGGAUAUAAUUUUGUUUUGCCAAUCAGAUAAGCCCCUGACAUACCAAUGCUCCAAAAAGAGCUCGAUAGAUUUAAUACUUCCAGUUACUACUUCAAAGUACUACUACUUCCGAAUAGUUAAAUCUUUGAAGAUAUAUUCGGGGUGUUUAGAAAAAAGCUCCACAAGUAUGUUGAAACUGGAUCGAUAACUCCAUCACGGCCUCCUGAACAAUAAAUAGCUUUCUUGGUGAGUUGACAAGCAAAAGUAUAAAAAACUCUUCUUGGCUUUCAGGCCCAAAAACAUGAUUCAUCAAUCUAAAGAUAUUUACCUAUAAUAUGUGCAAGCUGACUGGAAUAUGUGCUUUAACUUAAUGUGUGAAGAUGCUGGUUAUGCGUAGAUAUGACUUGUAUAGAGAUAAUUGUGUAUUUUUUACAAAUGAGUGGUAAUUGUAAGCCAAAGUAUUGAAUGCUGAGAUCAAGCUAAAGAAGGGGGGAUGCUGACUGAGGAAUCAGCGAGGUUUGCACAAAAGAUGGCCCAUGCCAAGGUAAUAGAGCCUAGUGAAUCUUAAGACACCAAAAAUGGUGACAUAUUAUUGAUAUUUUCUUUUUGUUCCUAAAAAAAAAAAAUAUCCUUUUCAGCUUUUUCCCUGUACAAAGCAACAUGUGAGGUUUACGUGCGCUAGCAUGUAUUUAAAAUACAUGCGGUUUAAAAAGAAAAGAAAGAAAAGAUUUCUGCUGUGCAAAGCAACCAUGCUGAAAUUCUGACACGUUGUCGUGUUGUUGUGUUUGUGUUCGUUUUCUUUGUUGUUUGAUGCCAAAAGGGGGUGUGGUUAAAAUAAUGCUUUAAGAUAGAGCAUUGAUAGAGCUAUUACAUCAUCUGAAAUGUUAACUUCUUUUCAAAGGCUGGUUUCCUGGAGCGCUAUUAAGCCUAAUCCUUUAACUAAAACCAUCUUUCAUGGAUGAAAGCUGUGUGGAAGUACUGUAUGUUUUUAACCCAGAUUUGGCUUAAUCUGUGAUGGAAAGGCCAAUCUCUAUCAGAUGUACCAAGUUCCUUGCAGACGAGCAAUUGGGGUUUUUGCAGCGUAUUAGUAACAUGCACCAGUACAUAAACUGGUAGAGCCAUUCAUGGACAAUAUAGGUUAGUUAGCUCUGUGACGCAACACCAGACCUUCCAGUACUCUCACUGUCACACUCAAGUAGCGAUAGGGAGGAAAUGUAACCUCGCUGGCUCUGUGAUCCUCUUCCUGUGCCACCUCUAGUUCCUUACUCUCCUGUCAUUUAUACGGACUGGAUUUUAAAAAUGCACAUGUAUCGAGAUAAUAGCAAAUCCUGUCCUCAUCGCUCGGUGUUUUGGCUUAUGUUGUGAACACCUGUCAAAGCUUCAGAAGUGAGGGAGCUUUAUGUUGCUUUUUGACAGUUUGGGGGGAAAAAAAGAGAUCAGUUCUAACUUCACUGUGUGGAACGAGAUAAAUGGUGUCAUCUAGCAGUUUUCACAACUACACAAAACACAUUACUGUUUGAGCCUCAGAUACAAUGUCAAACUUACUUCAAAUGAGAAAAAAAAAAACGGGAGGAACACAUUGUUGGGCCUAUAUUUUUCUUAAGGUAUCAGUAACUUUGUAUACAAUCCACAAACCGGUUCUACUUCAUCUAACUUCACCGUCCUACCUCAUUGUUACUCUGGUGUUUGUUUGUCAGUGACUGUAAACUAUGUGUGUAUAUUAAAAAAAAAAAAAUCUAUAGGAAAAGGUAUACCUGGUUACUCUCAACAUGUACAGCAUAUAAAACUUGUAAAACACCUCAGUACACAAUAUCAUUCUUAGGAGAAAUCAGUUUUAUUACCUGCUUAAAGAUGCUGCUGUAAAAGGGGGUAUCUGCGUGAGGGGUCGUCUCUGAAUAUAUAUCUUCGCUCUUUGCUAUGUCGUGCAGUUGAUCAGUGGUUGUGUUCCGUCUCUGUAUUGCAUUCUGAGAUUUUUACUGGUUGACGGUGCUACCAGCAAACAGUUCAAAAGCUGAUCUGUCUAUCGGACCUCAAAUGGUGCUGUUUUUCUAUGUUUUUAUCCUCAUACAGUUAUGUUUUAUUCAGGUGUGUCAACCGCCACUAUCCCCUCAGCUAAUCAAAAUUUAAGCCAAAAUAUUUCGCGAAACGAUAACCCUGCUAUUACUGUAUCAACUAUAUGCUAUCCAUCCAAAUAUUGUAGAUAGUGAUUAUAUCCUCAGCUGUGAAUUUCAGAAGUACCUCAGAACUUGCUGACUUUCAAUGGAUGCAUCUGCUUCUAGCACCUGUUGUCUAAUAAUAUGACAUUGUUGCAGUGUAUUUUCAGAAAUGUGUAUUUUUACUGGUUAGAUCAGGUUUCACUAUACGUAGGACAUGAUUAUUAGAUCACACUCAGAUGACCAAUACAUUUAAAGGAUACCACUGUUCAAUGGUUGCAUGCCAGAUUGUCAUAAAAAAAGGAAAUCUCAGUUGGACUGGGCAGCAUGUGUUACAGUAGAAGAGGUCCUCAGCAAAGCCAUGUUCUGUUUGAGUCAAGUUUGUUUUAUAGAAGCGGGAUUCCAUUGGUAGUUGUAUUUAUGGUCCGUUAGAAGGGAUUUUGGUAAUAUACAAACUAGAGCCCCGUCUGGUUGAAAAUGAGACUUCAUGUAGACUGUUAUGUUUUUUUUUUAGCCAGUAAGUUUUGGGAUUAUUGAUUUUUAUUUAAUUAACAUUUAAAUCUGUGAUUCCCCAGUUUUAUCUCUUUGUCCCUGAACAAUUCAAAUGUAAUUUCCUGUAUAAAAAAAAUUCAGAAUUCAGUGUAGCAAUUUGUUCAAGAUUGACUUACUAGCCAUGUUUCCAUUCACAUAUUUUAUUUGCAUUAGAAAAGCUGUAUGGAAACGGCGUAACUGCGAAAAAAUAAGUUUUUGCGCUCGCUUGGCGUGGUUUUUGACUUUGUCGAAAAAGAGUCGAUGCGCUAAAUGGGAUAUGGAAACACAUUUGCCAAAUAAAUUUGCACGUAGCGAACAUUUAACUCACAUGACCAGCUGUUUCUGCCAUCGGCGUCUUCUUGGAUACUCCCAUAACGUGCAAAUGCUUGUUUUCGUCUCCGGACGUGGCCAAUACUAGCUGACAUGAAAGAAAAAUUAAAACUUGCCCAAUUGAAACUAAUUCCUGAACACCUCUCCAUUUUUCUCUCGUACAUGGGUUAGCUGGCCAAGCUGACUUAUUUUGUUUCCGGUUCGCAACCUCUUCUUCUUCUACUCUGUUUGCUGGUGGAUUACUGCCUCGCUUAGCCUAUAGCGCCAACAUCUGGGUUUAUUCGCACCAAACCAGUUGAUGGAAACAGACCUAAUUCGCGUUUCUUUUUUUUGUGACAUUUCAAAAGUUUGCUUGACAAUUGAAUGGAAACACGGCUACUAUGAGCUAAAGUCAUAUAUACAGCAUCAUUCAGUGUCUGGACCUGACUUAGUUAUACAAAAAGUGCAUUAUAUUGUCUUUUACCCUGUGUGCAGUGACACCAAUGGAAUCUUUUUGUGCACCAAAGUGUUGUUUUGGUGUACUUUGCUCUACCUGUCAGUAUGUAAAUAUAUGUUUCUUUGUUUCUUUCUUUUUUUUACUCUGACCAUGUCUGUGAACAGGUAAUGUGCUGGGGAGCUCCUCUCUACUGUGAGCAUUGUGUAUGUGUGCGUGUGUGUUCAAAUACACAGCAGUAGGUUUCAUGGAAGCACUUAAGCCAUCCGUUGGACUGUUUCAUAACGGUUCAAUUUUAAGCUUUGCUCUGGUCCAGGGAGUUGACCCAGAGAGUUUUGUGUGUAAUUGAAUUCCUAUGCAGGUGCUGAGUUGUAAUCACCUGGUACCACAUCACUGUUGGGUGGAGAGCCAACCAGGGAGAGAUAACUGGUGUUCAGACCGUUGAAUGUGUCUGCACAGCCCUGAGAUUGAAUCAAAGGGGGACAAUGGCGACAUGACAAAUCCGUACUGAACUAUUACUACAUUUUCAUACUCAUGGAGUUGAAUUAAACUGAGCUAUACAGGGCUGCUUGGGUAUUUACCUGUCUGUAGUUGUAACUGCAUUGCAAUGAUCAUUGGGGGAAGACAGGGUUAUUACUGUAUGGAGUAUUUCCAGUUGGUAUGAUAAUGUGAAAAGAUAUUUGCAGUAAACACUCCCUCACCCUACUUCAGCCUCCCAGAGGCAAACCCUACAUUUACAGAAAAUGUUAUAAGUAUAUGCGAUAGAGAGUGUACAUGUCUUUGCUAAACCGGCCACACCUCUGCUAUGCGAGCAACUCUUUUGACGCUUAGCAUCCUGUUCUGUGUUUUCUCUUGCUGCAUUCAGGAACACCUGUUUAAUGUAUAGAUAAACAGAAAUAAAUCCAGACUUUUAUUCUAUCAGCACAAA